CUCAAAGACCCCGACUACUUUUUACCAUGGCUUCCAAGAUCGUCAAGCCCGAGGGCCAGACCGCCGAUGAGUUCGAGCUGCAGGUGGCUCAGGAGCUCGUGAACCUCGAGCAGUCCGCUGCCGAGAUCAAGAACGACCUCAAGGACCUGUACAUCACCGCCGCCAAGCAGGUGGACAUCUCCUCGGGCCGCAAGGCCAUCGUGAUCUUCGUGCCGUUCCGCCUGCACGCCUCGUUCAAGAAGAUCCAGGCCCGCCUCGUGCGCGAGCUGGAGAAGAAGUUCUCGGGCCGCCACGUCGUGAUCAUCGCCCAGCGCACCAUCCUGGGCAAGGGCUACUCGCGCGCCAACCACGGCGCCGGCCCCCGCCCUCGCUCGCGCACGCUCACCCACGUGCAGGAGCAGAUCCUCGACGACCUCGUGUUCCCCACGGAGAUUGUCGGCAAGCGCACGCGCUGCCGUCUUGACGGCUCCAAGCUGCUUAAGGUGCAGCUGGACCCCAAGGACCAGGUCAACGUCGAGACCAAGCUGGACACCUUCGCCACCGUGUACAAGAAGCUGACCAACAAGGACGUUGUGUUCGAGUUCCCGGUGCUGGAGUAAGUUAGCGGUUGAGUGUGGGCUUUUCUCCUUGAAAGAGGAGAGGGCUACCUCCCGCUAGGUAGUUUAUUCAUGAGCAAGACGCCUUCCAAGGCCAGGCGAGUAAUUCUUUGAAUACCACUCAUCUCUGGC